AUGAGUUCUGCAUCGAACGGGCGCAAAAACCGCCCCAGACCGGCCGGGUCCAUCUUUCAGAUCGGCAAGCCCCUCUACCGAGACCCCCAGCGGCGGGAGAGCACCGAGAGCAGCCGCAGAGCCCUGCGCGCCGUGGUCGACUGCAGGAUGAUCGUGCAAGAGUUCAACACAUUGGUGGCGCUGUACCGAGAGCUGGUCAUUUCCAUUGGCGAGAUCACCGUUGACUGUCCCAACUUGAGGGCCGACAUGCUGAGGACUCGAACCAAAGGCUGCGAGAUAGCCAGGGCCGCACAUCACAGUCUCACAUUGAUUGCAGGGCCAGAGGAUGGCGAGAUUCACCCAGAGAUCUGUCGGCUCUUCAUCCAGCUCCAGUGCUGCUUGGAGAUGUACAUCACUGAGAUGCUCAAGUCAUUCUGCUUGCUGGGCUCCCUGCAGCUCCACAGAAAAGGUAAACACCCGAACCCUAAUCCCUGUAGCCUUCCAUCAGUGGGCAGAAAAGCCGACGAAAGCUCAGACGUCCCCAUCCUUGAGGACACCUCCUCCUCGCCCACCGACGGCCCUCCACCCGCAUGGCUGGUGGCCACGGACAUAGAAAACAUUGAAAAGGACAUGAGAGAAAUGAAGAACCUUCUCACUAAACUCAGGGAGACGAUGCCUUUACCACUAAAGAACCAAGACGACAGCAGUUUGCUGAACCUGUCUCCCUACCCGCUAAUCCAACAAAGGAAGAGACGCUUCUUUGGCCUUUGUUGCUUGGUAACCAGUUGAGGUAUCAACAACAACAGUAUCAAAAGACAACAUUGCCCUGUUCUGUCCUCACCUACUCUACUACUGCCAUUUUCAAACAAACAAAAUAGUAGCAAGGCUGCCUAUUUUGGGGAUUUGUUUUGUUUUUUCGUUUUGUUCUACAUGGAAUAAAUCCCAAUAUGUUGCCAUGGUUUUGAGGUCAAUGAAGUUGAGCCUGUAGUCCAUUGUUUAAUGUAAAAGACAAAACACGUCCAUGGGCAAAACAACUAUCAUUUUAUUAUUAUUAAUUUUUUAACCCUCCCGUUAGGUCAUUUUUUUUAUAACUUUC